AUGGUGCAACCAAAUCCUAUUGAACCAAAAAAGAAGAAAAAUUACGUCAUACCACAAAUUAAACUACGGAAAAUAAGUUUUUGGACAAAGGUUACGGAUAAAGUUGAAAUUUUAUUAUGUAAUCUUAAGAUUUCGAGAUUAACACCAAUACAAGCAAAUCGUGAACGUAAAGUUGCGCCUGAAAUGUGUAUUGUUGCUCCAAUUUAUUGUAAAUUAAGUCAAAAACCUAUAAAAUUUUGGUUACCUUGUUUUCUCGAUAAAAUCAAAGAAAUUGGAAAUGAAUUACAUAUGAAAACUAAACUAUCAUUGAAAAUUCAAGAGACUAGAAUUCGUCCAAACUCUGUAUAUCCUAAAUUUAUUGUUGAUUUCAAUAAAAUUGAAAUUUUUAUUGGAGAAUCUUGUCUUUUUGGUGAAAAUAUAAAUUCAUUAGAUUUAAAUACAAUGGAAAAAUUUAUUAAAGAAAAUGAUUCUAUAAUUUUAAUGACAGCAAAUAAUCGAUUUAUUGCAUUUUGGAAUACUGAAAAAAUUUUUCUGUGUUAUUCACCAACUCAAGGAUUUGAACGUGAAGAUAGAAUAAUGAAUAGAGUUGCUGAUAAAGACACAAUUAUAACAGCCGAUAAAGAUGUUGUAUUAGAAGAAAAUGAUGAAAAUGUUAUUGAACCGGGUCCACCAAUGGAAAUGAAUGAUAUUGAUAGAAGUAAUGAUAUUUUCAAAAUUCCAUUCAGUAAAGACUAUGUUAAUGAAUAUUAUAAUGACAGAGGUUUUUUAAGUGGUACUAUCGGAUUAUAUGUUAAAGAUCCAGAAAAAAUAAUUAUUUCUAAUAUUGCUGCUGCAAUAUACCUGCAUAAUAUAAGAUCUGUACUGUGGAACAAAAAAACUAUCAAUGAUAUUUUGAGUUUUGGUGAUCAAUUAUAUGGACAAAGCAUUAAAACUGGUAUAGUCAAUGAUAUUUAUUGGGUGAACAGAAUUCCUCAACCAAUAACUUUUGGUGCUAAACAAUACAAAUUGAUAUUUGAAAAAGUUAUUAUUGGUGAUAUAAUGACCGAAGAAAAUUUUAUAUAUUCCAUAAAACAAGGUAUAUCAGCAUUUUUUAAACAUUCUGAUCUUGGUAUUAUUUAUGGUCCACAACCACAAUUAAUAUGGCAAGAAGCUGGUCUGUAUUUUACAUUUAGUCCAAAAGAAAGAGAUCCUAUUGGUAGAAAAUGGACUAGAGCAUUAUCAAGUAGUUUAGCCGGUGAUGUAGAUUUUAAUGAAUUACCACAACAGGGAUCAGCUUGCGUAUCAUGGUUUAAAAGUAAAAUAUCUUUAUCUGAUGCUUAUUUAGCAAAUAUAACAUUAAAACAUCGUAAAGAUCAAUAUCGAAUUAUAAGAAUAAAAAUAUCUGAAAUACAAGAUACUUCGAUAAAUAUGAAAAAUUGGAAAUCAUAUGCGCCUGGGAAAUGGCGUGUCAUUGGAGAUAAGAAUAUUUGUCAUUAUAUUCAAAAUAGUAAAGGCGGUUUAGCCGAAAUUUUUCCAAAAUCAUUUACAAUAGCUUGUGUCAAUUCGUUGUAUACCAAAAAUUUAAAAAGAACUUUUAUAUUAGGUGGAAAAAGAUUUCAAAUUGUUGUUGCUGCAAAUAAAUAUCAAGGUCAAGUCUUUUAUAAUAAGAGUAAUUCACCAGAUUUAGCAACAGACAAAAUAAAAUACAAUUUAAAAUAUAAAAUUAUCCCUCUUAAAGAUUCCGAAAAUAUUUAUAGUGAUGUAUAUGGUCAUGCAUUUGCGUUACGAUUUAAGGAUAUCUCUACAAUGUAUGAAGAAAUUUUGACAAUCAUGAGCUUAAAUGACGAUGAGAAGUAUUCUCUUUAUAUAGUUGAAGGCAAAGAUCGUCCACCAUUAUUAAAUUAUAAACAGUUUGGAGAAAAUGCAGCUAUUUUACAUCCUAAUGGUGAUUUGCACGAAGGAAGUGACGUAUUCAAUGUAAGAGCUGAUAAACAAACAUAUGCAAAUAUUCUCAUUGCAUUAUGCUAUGUUAAUAUAAGCCGACCAUUAGAAUGGUCUCCAGAAGAUGUUGCGGAUUUAUUACAAAUAGGCGACAGCAUAUAUUGUAAAAUAAUUGCAAAUCUUAAAGAUUGCUCUGAAUUAUAUUAUAAAUUAAAACUUGAAGAUAUAACACCAAAUAUUGGUUGUAAUAAAUUUAAUUAUACUGUAACAUCAAUUGAAGGUAUUUUUAAAAUAUAUGCAUUUCCUGAAGCAGAAGAAGAAGAAGGUGAACAUGAAAUAGAAGACGAAGAAAAUGAAAAAAGUGAUGUACAUACAAUUGCUGAAAGAAGCUUUAGAGUAUUACCACAAUUGGAACAAAUAUUAAAUGAAUGGGAAGAAUUUGAACAAAUACAAGCAAUAUUAGAUUCAAGAAUAAUUAAACUUGGAUUAUGGAAAAAAGAUUUGGUUUAUUUCAUAUUUGAUCCAAAAGCAAGUUUACCCGAUGGUAAAAUGACACCAAGGCGUAUUCAAAGAGCUGCAACAACAAUAGAAUAUGGUGAAAAUGAUAUUACAGAUUUGCGUUAUGUUGAAAAUAAUGGAAUUUCGUAUGUUGCAUAUUUUUAUGAUAUUACAUCAUUUGUUUCACAUAUUUUAUCAUGUAUUCCGCAAGAUUAUCAUUCAGAAAAUUUUACAUUGCACAAAUUAAAAAUAAUAUGUCCACCUGUACCAGCAUCAGAAAUGGUUAUUAAGUAUAUGCCGAAUACAAAUUUUAUUAUAACUGCCCCAAAUAUUGGUAUAAUAAGAGGAACGAUAUCACAAGAUGAAGUAAUGUUUCAAAACCCAAAUAAACAAGAAAUUGCUAAUUGUAUGGUAGCUAUCGCAUUUGCUUUUAUAACGCCUUCAAAUAAUUGGACAUGCGAUCUUAUUAAUAUUAUUUUAAAAUAUGGUGAUCGUUUAUAUGUCAAAAGUUUAGAUCGUUAUGAGAAACAAAAUUGUGAAUCAAUUUCUAUGAAUAAUAAACUGCGUUCAUUAACAAUUGAAAAUAUAAUAGAAAAUAUAAAUAUUUAUAAAAUUUUAUUUAAAUUUACCGUUGUUGGAAAAAUUACAAAUUGUAUUAAUCCAGGCUGUGAAUCAAAUAAAGAUAUUAAAAAAUUUUUUGCACGAUUACAAAACAUUGACAAUGGUUGGGGAGCUAUAAUAAAUAUUAAAGAUAGAACAAAUACUGUUUGGAAACAAGGAACGUUAUUUUUUCUCUUUGACCCUUUUAAAUGUGAUCCAGUCGGCUUCUCAGCCACCAAUGGUGUAUCAUGCCUAAUGAGAUUUAAUAAAUUUGAAUUAUUUAUGGAAUUUUUCAUUAAAAAAUAUUUAUGCAAAGAUGGUCCCAAUAAUUUUGAAAUAAUAACAAUUUUUUGUGAAAAAAGUAUGCCACCUUCUAUACCAGGAUUUUAUUUGGAUAAAUAUAAUUUUGCACUUCAGAAACCCACAAAUCAAAUUGUAUUUGAAGAUACCGAAAAAGGAAUGAAAACAUUAAAGAGAUUUAUCGAUUUUACAAAUAAGUCGAUACGAUUUCUAUGUUUAGCUUCCCUCUUGUACAGCCGUGUCGAAUAUGUAGAGCUUUGGAAUUUUUAUGUUUUUGAAAGGAUAAUACUUUUAGCUGAAUUUUUACAACAACAACUAUAUCGUAAAACCUCAAUACCAAAUAACAAUCAUUUAGAAGAUAUAAACUUUAGUGUCAAAAUUGAUAAAAUUUUGUACAACAUUGUUGUUCAUCAUAUAAUACAAGUGUCACCAGCAACAGAAAUCGAAUCAAAAAACUUGAAUAUGCGUCAAGGUUUACAAUCUUUCUUCUUAAAUCAUAAUUAUUGUAUAAUAACAAGUGAUAAUAAAAGUUAUGCAAUUUGGAAUGAAGGUCCAAAAUUCUAUAUGGUUUGGUUUAGAGAAAAUGAUUCCAAAUUAAUUUUACUAAUAUCGCCAAAUUGGAUGAACUUUUAUGAUAUUAUAUUGGAAGAAAUGGAUUCAAAUUCACCCACCUAUUAUAUUAAAAAAGUUAUAAUAACCCGAAUAAAAAUAAUGGAUAUUAAUUGUAAUGAAAAUGAAAACAAAAAUUCAAAAACUAAUAUUAAAUCAUUAGACGAUGAUCUAGAUGAAAAAUGUCGUGAGUGCGCUUUUACAAAAUUUAUAGAAGAAUAUAUGACAAGAAAUGAGAUUAAGAAUAAAAUGAAUGCUAAUUUUAAACCAUAUUGUCGAGGUGUUAACGUUAUAUGUGGUGAUUUAAUAAGAACCAAUGAAUUUAUUUACAGUGAUCGUCUAUUUUGUGAGUAUCUUAAAGCAUGUUGUGUAACAUCAGCAGCAAUGUUUUUAAUUUUUCAACCUGCAACAUGGGAUAAAAGUACAUUAAAUGAAAUUGUUUCUACUGGAAUGGACUUAUUUAAGAGUUAUGGUGCUUUCAAUAAGAAAACUCAAUUUGAUAUUAUAGAUUACCAAAGUAAUAUGAAUUUUUUAAAUUAUAAUGUUUGUAUAAAAGCAGAAAUACCAACUGAAGAAAACUUUGAACUGAAUAGUAUUUUAGAGCCACUUGAACAUUGUUUGAAAAAAAGUAAAAUAGCAUAUAUUGGUGUUGAAGAACUAUUCUAUGUAACAAUAAUGUUAGAUGAACAAUAUAAUUAUAUGUUUUAUGGUGGUGCAGCACCAUCAUCUAUACAGGAUAUUGAAAAUGAAACGAGCUGUUUAAUAAGAGCUGAUUCACUUCAAAAAUUAAUUGAAUUUUUAAUGGGAAAGUGCAAAAUAAAGAGAUCAGUUUUUAUUGGACAAAUAAAUGCUAGAUUUUUAUGA